CUUCCGGUUAGUGUAGUUUGGCGGGUUGGGAGAAAUUAAAAUAGUCUCUUCGGCCACAAUGUUCGCUGUAGAGAAAACAGGCGGAGAGCAGAAACGUCCUCCGCCCGUGAAGGUGCUGUCCGGCCAGCUGAGGGCGGCGGGAAGCCGGGCGGCCACGGAGCGGCCCGGGGAGGGCUUCGUCAUCAGAGCGGGCAGAGGUCGCUCUCUGCGGGUGUCGCUGGUGUGGAUGCAGGGGACCGUACUGGAGGUUCAGCUGGAGAGGAAUACCGUGCUGCUGKUGGAUGAGACGGGAACAUUUACAGUUCAGGGUAUUAACAACAUCCCAAGAGGAAAACCGUGUUUAUUUCCAGGGAAAUACGUCAUGGUGAUGGGUGUCGUAGAGGCCGUCUCCCCUGAACCAGUGGUCCGAGCUGUGAAAAUGGCCGACCUCUCAGACUUUGCUGUUCUCCACAGACAGAUGUGGAAGCUGGAGGUGGAGGAGCUGCAGCAGAUGUUGACCUAAAUGCAGUCAGUUUGAACAGAUGUUAAAGAACCUCAGAAAGACGGGAGACUUGACUUUUGGAGUGUCGGUGUAUUGUGAGACGUUUGGACUGGAAGUGUCCAAAAAAGUGAAGCUGCAAGCCUCACUAAAUGAAUUACUGUUUUUCACAUUAAAGACUCAACUCAGUUUAAUAAAGGUUAACUUAAACAAACAUGUCAUCACCAUCACAAUUAAAGACUUGUAUAUUCAUGAUACAGUCAAAA